GGACGCCAACCCCACAUUCGCCAACUCGCUUUAUAUUUCCCUUUGGAUUCCGAAACUGUAUUUCAUUGAUAAACACAGCGUACUGGAAAAGCGGGACUGAACUUGAAUUCCAACCAAAAUUAUUCAAUCCCUUUCCUCUUUCUUCACCCUAAUUUUUGUAUCUCCGGCAUCUUAAUCGACACUUUGGUGGAAUAACCGGUUACAGCCUUCAAAUCGAUCGGUAUUCGUGCAUUUUUAUGGUGAAUUUGUGACGAUCAAAACAGUUUUUGUAUCUGAGUUGCAUGUGGAGGAAUGUUACAUGGAAACUGUGGUAGCAGUUGAAGAAAGCGAGAAAACUAGGUUAGAGGGUACUUCUGCAAUUGUGAUAACUUGCUCCGACUCCUCAAAGCAGAUUGCUGAUCCCGUUGUUUACAAGCUUGCUCGGGUCGAAGGCGAUGGGAGAUUAGUACCUGCAACUGAUGAUGAAGUGAUGGAGGUCGAAGACUUGCUUGAUGAUAAGAAUUCAGUGCAUUUUGUUCUGGACACUGGGCAGACUGCAGUCUGCACUUCAAAUGAAGACACUUUUGCUCAGGAAUUCAUGCCCAUCGACUGUGAAGGUAUCUUAAAAUUUGAGGAUCCUUCUACUCAAGGAGGAAGAUCAGAUGGACUAGUUGACACAACAGUUGAUCUCGGGAAAUUGAAUUCCCAAUAUGAGGAAAUUGCUCCCUCAAGAUCUACUCCUGUUGGUGAGCAGAUUGACCAAUCUGGGGAUAGGAAGCAAGCAGAACUUCCACUAGGAUCAGCUGAAAGUGAACCAUCAACAUCUACCAUGUGUGCUAGUUGGAAGCCUGAUUUUUCUAAGCUGAAGGGGGAGAUAUGCCUGGACAAUCUUUCAGUUAGAGAACUUCAUGCAACUUUUAAGGCUACAUUUGGUAGGGAAACUUCUGUGAAGGACAAACAGUGGCUUAAGAGAAGGAUUUCCAUGGGAUUGUCUAAUUCAUGUGAUGUUUCAACUACCACCUUUAUAAUUGAAAAUGACAAAGUAAAGAAGAAAGGCAAAGUAGAAGACUGUAAUAAUAAGGAUGAGGACUAUGAAGAGGAUCAUUUUGCUGGAUCUGGAGGAAGAAAUGUUAGUGGUGAUGAUAUAUCAGUUUCUCACACUAUCCAAAUGGAUGAUCAUUUCAGUGGUAGCAGCAAGAGCGUGCAAAGUGCUACGUCCAAGCUUCAUAUUGCUAGUGAAGAUGAUCACCAAGGAGCUAAAAGAGUUCGGAAGCCCACAAAGCGCUAUAUUGAAGAAGUUUCAGAAUUGGACUGCCGGGAAUAUAGUGGAAGGCUGGUUUCUUCCGUCAAAAGCUCUGGACAUGGACCACGAACUCGUGUCAGGCCCAUUCAUAAUAUCCAGCCAGUUAGGAGACCUCUUGUCACUCGUCAUGAUUCUCUUGGAGGUUCUGGGGUUCAAAUUCCAUAUGUUUCUAGGAUCCGAAGAGGCCGCCCAAGAGAAAAUUUUAUGGCUCUAAUGAAAUUUCAGUCUUGUGGAAUGGGAAUGGCUGCAAGACUGGUAAAGAAGGCCCAUGAUGGACAUGAUCCUCAGUCAGAUAACGAAAUAGAGAAUCAAGAACUCAAAGCUAGACCGGUCACAGGAUGGAUUCAACAGCCUCUAAUCGAGGAACCAGGAGAAAAUCAACAGUACUCGGAACAAUCUGCGGACUUGAACGAUGAUGUGGAUGAGGGACACAUGGAUUCAUAUGCUGACGAUUCAGAUGAUAACAUAUUAACUGUACCUACAGCAAAAGGUGGGAUGAGAAGGAAGCAUCAUCGGCCAUGGACUCUUAGUGAAGUUGUGAAGUUGGUUGAAGGUGUUUCUAGGUAUGGUGCUGGCAGGUGGUCCGAGAUAAAAAGGAUUUCCUUUGCAACAUGCUCACAUCGUACAGCCGUUGAUCUCAAGGACAAAUGGAGGAAUCUGCUGAGAGCUAGUUUUGCGCAGUUGCCAGCCGAAAAAGGGCAGGUGGGAAAUUCGAAGAAGCAGUCAUCGUCAAUCCCGAUCCCAGCACCAAUUCUGUUAAGAGUGAGAGAGCUUGCGGAGAUGCAAUCGCAAGUGAGCCCGGAUCUGAAAUCAGUGAAAUAUAACAACAAUAAUAAUAAUAGUGGUAGUACUAGAAAUAAUAAUGUAAAUGAUAUAAGGUCAGGAUUUCUGUAAAUUGCUGAAUGAAAUUAGGAUGAGGAGGAGGAAUAAGAAUGUCUGAUUGUUUGUUUGUUUGUAGUAAUUUGU